AUGGCUUUCGAUCUCCUUGAGCGCCGCAAAGAGAAAUUUAUCCUCUGGAUACCUGCUGGACCAACUUCAAACCCCCCUUCAUUGGUGCUUGGAAUUUUUGAGCUUGGUCCUCCAGCUACUAUCAAUGAAUUUUUCACCGGGCAGCUAAGGAGGUCAGGCCAGCCAGAUCUCUGGGAACUCAAUCUAAAUGACAUAAAGCCGCCAUUGAAGAAUGGCACUGUCUAUCACUACUGGUUCGAGAUCCAAGAUUCGUCACCAGAGCAUCGGGGUACCUUGCGGGUAACCGAUCCAAUUGCACAUACAGUCGACUACAGAGCCACAGUGUCUCGGGACAAGCACGUCCAACCAGCUUCCGUGAUCAAGUUCCGCGAUGGCAAGCUAUGGCCCUGCGACAUUGAUGGGAAAGAGCCAGGCCAGGUGGCACCCCCACCACAAGAUGCUAUACCGGACAACAGGCACAUGGUGAUCUAUGAGCUCCCGGCUUCGUGGGCAAAAGGUAAACAGGUUGGGGAUGUGCAGGUUGAUAUUGGCACCUUCACUGAUGUCCUCGCUCUAUUCGAUUUGGGCACUGCGGGUGAUCGUUUCAGGGAUAUUUCGCCUGUUGUCAAUGAAGCCAUUGUAGCUGAUCUGGGCAUUAACGCGCUGGAGCUGCUCCCUGCUGCGGACGCAAAACCAAAGGGUGAAUGGGGUUAUGCUACGGCUCACUACUACGCUCCGGACUUUGACCUUGGAACUGCAUCGGAGUUAGUAAAGUUGGUAGAGAACAUUCACUCGAAGGGUGUCCGACUCUUUACAGAUGUCGUGAUGGCCUUUGGGCACGAUCCGUAUAUCUACAUAGCUUUCCUGCAGUUUCACGUGAACCCGAAGGAUGAGCCAAACAAUCUAGAGGAAAUCCGCCAAUCUCACUCCAAUGCACUGCGAGAGGCAUGGGGUGGACGACUGUGGCGCUACAUCAAAAACACCAAUACUUAUGAUCCAAAAUCAGGCAGACUCACCAAUGUCCACCCUUCCUGGUCCUUCCAUCAUGGGCAUCUUCAUCGAUGGAUGUCGGACUUCGGGAUAGGCGGUUUCAGGAUCGACAGCCUAAACAAUAUCGCUAAUUUCGACUUCAUCAAAUCGUAUACGAAUGAGGCAUGGUCUCUCUACAACUCAAGAUAUGCGACGCCGGUCUCCUCUAAAUUCCUUGUCAUCGGCGAAGAACUCAGCGUUCCCGUCGACAUGGUCACUAGCCGCACUGUCAAUGCACUCUGGAAUGAGCCGUUUCAAGGACGUCUCCGCGCAGCCAUCCUCGGCGAAUCCAAAGAUGGUGACAACUUCGAAUGGACGGUCCGUAAAAUGAUCAACUGCACGCUUGACCAGUCACACCCUUUCACAGACGGCGAACAAGCAAUAAACUAUAUCACCUCCCAUGAUACCGAAGGAUUCCGGAAAGAGCGUCUUUUCAACUUUCUUUCCGCCAGUAACGUCCAUGAUAUUGAGCGACGAAGUAAACUCGCAUUUGCUUGUCUCUUGACGGCCGUCGGUAUUCCGAUGAUUUUUGCCGGCGAGGAAUUUUGUGAUCAAAUGGAUCGUCCGGUAGGGUUGAAACAAGUUGACCCAGUGAACUAUGAGCGAAAGGCACAGGACUGGAGGGCGAGGGUCUUUAAUUAUGUUGCGACCCUUGUGAGGUUGAGAAAGGAAUGCCCGGCUCUAGGGGUUGAUGAUACGCAGUUCAUUCAUGUGGAUGAGAGCCGUGCGGGGAAGAUCAUGGCGUGGAAGAGGGGAGCACAAGGUCAGGCGCCGGUGGUCGUGGUGGCUAACUUUACCGACCAGGAUACGCCUGGCAAUGAGUAUUUUGUAAAGAAUUGGCCCGAGCGAGAGAGGGAGGACUGGAGGGAGGUUACUCAGGGGAGGGACGUGCCGAGGAAGUGGGUAGGGCGGGAACCGUUGCUGCACUGGGAAGCUAAGGUUUAUACAUAUCAACUCAACCAACGUCUUGGCCUUAGUGCCAACGCUAAACUGUGA